CAGAGCCGCUGAGCAGCUGAAUGUGUGGAAGUGUUCGCGGUCUGAUAACAAACUUUACAUGAACUCUGUGCGGUUUAAUCUGCGGCCGGAAACACAAACUUUAGUUUUUAUCAGUUUUAUAAACUCUCUGUUUCCGGUGGGAAAAACUCUCCUCCAUGAAUUCAGCCCUUUAUCCUCCAAACUGCUGCCUCCAGUCUCGCUCCUUCCUCCGGUGGAAAUCCUGUUUGUCCAGCUGGAAAUGAGGCUUCAGUGAAGGGAGUGGGAGCCCGAGCCGAGCCGGACCGAGCCGAGCUGACCCGGUUCAUUAAUGUGAGCGACGGUUUAAAAACAUCCUCCGUCAGAAAUAAUGAGAAGAUGAAGCUGCUUCUGUGGAUCCUACUGGUUUUACUGGGGACUCAUGAAGGGACCUGUGGGAACGGUGUGUUGUUCACGAAGCAUCCGUCCAAUCAGACGGUCACUCAGGGGAAUGCCGUGAGGCUCGGCUGUGCUGUUCAGGGAGUGAUGGAGCCGGACAUUGUGUGGAUGAAGGACGGAGAGAAACUUUACAGCACCGACCAGAUGUUCAUCACACUGGGAGAGCAGCACUGGGAGACAUACCACAGUGUGAAGUCGGUCCAGCAGCAGGACGCGGGUCAGUACUGGUGUGAGGUUGAGUUCCACGACCUGACGUUCUCCUCUGAGCGAGCCUGGAUCACAGUGGAAGGUGUCCCUCACUUCAUCCAGGAGCCGCAGGACGUGGCCACGUUCCCAAACGUCCCCUUCAACCUCACCUGUGCUGCCGUCGGCCCCCCCGAGCCUGUGGAGGUGCUGUGGUGGCUGGGUGGAGUCCAGGAGGGAGAGCCCAGACCGUCCCCCUCCGUCCUCCACGUCCAAGGAGUGAACAGCAGUGUGAAGUUUUACUGUGAAGCAAAGAACACCAGAGGGAUCUCCGUCUCCAGAACAGGAACCGUCCACAUUAAAGUGUUGCCGGCAGCACCAGUCGGGCUGCAGGUCCUGAGGAUGGUGGACAACAACGUCACAUUGUCAUGGAAACCAGGAUUCACAGGACACUCUGAGCUGUCCACCUGCGUCCUCCAGCUGUCGAGGCGUUCAGUGCGGAGGUGGGACCUCCCUCAGCAGGAGUUUCAGGUUCCUCCUCACCUCCAGGUCCUGUCUGGUUUGAGGAGUCACUCCAACUACAGCGUCAGAGUGUCCUGUGUGAACGAGGUGGGGGCGUCGCCCUUCAGCCCCUGGCUUCACUUCCUGACGCCUGAGUCAGUGCCAUCGGCGGCCCCCAGGAACCUGACGUUUGAGCUUUCGGAGCAGCAGCUGGCUCUCAACUGGGCUCCGCUGCAGGAGGAGGAGCUGCAGGGGAAACUGUUGGCCUACAAGGUGCAGUGGACUCUGGGAGGAGAGCCACAGGUGAGAGGUCAAAGGGAGCCGCUGCUGUUCAAGGAGAGCUGGGCUCAGCUGUCAGGAGGAGGACGCUUCUUCAACGCCUCCUUCCAGGUGUCGGCGUGCACCUCCGUGGGCUGUGGACCCUGGAGCCCCCCGGUGCUGGUGCUGCCCGCCUCAGUGCAGGUCCAGGCGCAGCGGAGCCACAUGUGGGUCGGCCUGCUGCUCGGCCUGCUGGUGGCCACCAUCGUCGGACUGCUGCUCACCAUCAUCGCUCACCGCCGCGGCAAAGAGACGCAGUUUGGUUCGGCCUUCAAGCCUCCAGGUCCUGAGAGCUCCGUCUCGUUCACGGCAGCUCGAUCCUUCAACAGAAACUGUGUUGAGCUGCAGGAGUCCACAUUGGACAGUCUCGGUAUAAACGAUGACCUGAAGAACAAACUGCAGGACGUCCUGAUCCCAGAGAGGCUGCUGACACUGGGUCACAUGCUGGGGAAAGGUGAGUUCGGCUCGGUGCGUGAGGCGUUCCUGAAGACGGAGGACUCGUCUGUCCAGAAGGUGGCGGUCAAAGUACUGAAAUCUGACAUCACUUCGUCAGGUGACAUCGAGCAGUGUCUGAAGGAGGCGGCCUACAUGAAGGACUUCCACCACCCCAACGUCAUCCAGUUAAUCGGAGUGAGUCUUCACCGACGUCCUGGUCAGCGGCUGCCGAUCCCGAUGGUGGUUCUUCCGUUCAUGAAGCACGGAGAUCUGCACACGUUCCUGCUGCUGUCUCGACUCGGAGAACAUCCAUUUGACCUGUCUCUGCAGACGCUGCUGCAGUUCAUGUUGGACAUCUCUCGGGGGAUGGAGUACCUGAGCAGCAGGAGCAUCAUCCACAGAGACCUCGCUGCCCGAAACUGCAUGCUGAACGAGAACAUGACGGUGUGUGUGGCGGACUUCGGCCUCUCUAAGAAGAUCUACAGUGGAGAUUAUUACCGACAGGGCUCCGUCUCUAAACUUCCUGUCAAGUGGAUCGCUCUGGAGAGUCUCGCCGACAAUGUGUAUACCACACAGAGCGACGUGUGGGCGUUUGGCGUGACGAUGUGGGAGAUCAUGACCCGAGGUCAGACUCCAUACCCCGGCGUGGAGAACUCGGAGAUCUAUGAGUUUCUGAUCAAAGGAGAGCGACUGAAGAAACCUCCAGACUGCAGAGAUGACAUUUAUGAGAUCAUGCACAGCUGCUGGAGUCCCGUCCCCAAAUGUCGUCCCAGUUUCCAACAUCUGGUCAUCCAGCUGGAGGCGCUGUGGCUCAGCCUGUCCCCCACCCCCCCACUGAAGGAGCCUCUGCUCUACGUCAACCUGGAGGGGGACGACAGGGAGCCAGGUGGAGGAGGGGCGGUCGGGGUCAGGGCCCCAGGGCCAGAGGAGGCUACAGCGACAGCAGCAGCCGGGCCCACAAGCUGGAGCGUCCCUUGGCAGCGCAAGGCGGAGGACGAGGAGAAGGACUGGCUGAUGGUGGGGUCAGGGGCGGCGCUCGCCAUCGGAGGAGACUACAGGUACAUCAUCGGCCCCUGUGGGGCCCCCGAGGAGGAAGAGGAGGAGGAGGAAGGUGUGGGCGGAGGAGGAAGGAGGGGGGAGUUGAUGGACACGUUACAGGAAGAGGUCAGAGAUGAAGAGGAUGAUGUGGUCAUUAAUGUCUGACCAAUCACAGCACUCCUCCUCUCACCCGAUAGGACAUCUAACUGAGCUCAUUAGUCAGCUGAUCAGAGAGGGACGCUCACUUUAUGGCACGGAGCAGCAGCAGGCGGGUGGAGACUGAUGAAGGUACAAACUGUCACUCAUCACAAUCAGUACCUGGAAUACACACCGAUACUCUGGUACUCUGAUUACUGCUGAUACUCUGAUUACUGCUGAUACUCUGAUUACAGCUGAUACUCCGAGUACUUCCUUAGGUCAGUCUCAUCUUUCCUUUGAGAUGUCUUUUCAAAGGAAUACUGUAACAUUGUGGUAACUAUACUAAUAUAUACUGAGAGUGAAUUAAAUUAAACUUUAUGUCACUGUGACGUGUUAGCGUAGCUUAGCACAAAGACUGGAAGCAGGGGGAAACUGUUAGCCUCUGUCAAAGCUAAUACAUCUUCUUAUAAAGCAGAUAUUUAACCCCUCACUGACCGUCUGGAUGCAGCCGGCUGUGUGUUAAAUCCUCAGUCUGAAGGUGGAUCACUCACUGAGCUUCACUAUGUGGACAAAAGUAUCUGGACGCUCACUUUAUAGAUGAGCCCUAAAUGAGUUUAAAAUCUCUUCCUCUUACAUUAACUCGCUUUUUUGUCAUAUCAUUCCUUUAUUAAAAUGCAGACACAAAGUAGCACAAAUAUAGAUAGAAAACAAACAGCUGUCAGAAGGAGAUGUGUACAUACCAAUCAGAAUUAUAUAAUUAAUCAAGCCAGCUGGAGGUGGCAUGUAGUUACCAUGGAGACGACUGAAACCUCACUAAUUUAUGUGGAAUGUCGCUCAUCAAAAAUGUCAAGCGCCUUGCUGUGAAUCAGCCUCACAGCAGAGGAGUUGAGUCUGUAAUAUAUUUUAAAAUGUAAAUGUAUCUGUGUUAAUAUGUGACUGUUUCCAGUCUGACACUGAGGUCACUGAUGGAGGUCAAACCCGUCAGAUGUCUCCACAAUUUGACUGCGGAGAGAUCAUAAAUUAAUUUGGUCUAAUAGUGCAAGUUUAGCUGAAGCUGUUUGACGUGCUGGGACUUUGAAAUUGUCGACUAAACAAAGUUUGGCUCCAGACACAGUGUUUAAAUGUUUGUUGUUAAUACUGUGUUCCAUUAAAGCACAUUAUAAACUGAAAUGAUGGGCCGUGAAGGCAUCACCUGCAUUAUUAUCUGAUCAUAUUGACAGGAAGUGAAGGGGCCACUGAGGUAGACUAUUUGUUUUUGCCUGGCACAGAUUCUGGUCUUCUUCCCCACAUUCCCAUGUGCCUAUUAUUUCAUACUUGGGUCACAUGAUAUUUCUUGUUGAUCGUGAGCAGUGUGAGUGUUUCUGUUCUGUGUCAGGAGUUGAGGGGAUUUGUGACCUUUUCACAGACAAAUAACUUGACAGUAUUUUUUUUUCAUACAACUUUAUUCAGCUUUAUUCAAAUUUCUGAUCAGCAGCGUUAGUCAGGUUUCACGUCUGUACGUCAAACUUAUGUAUUUUCCAUCCUGGACUCUAUUUUCUCAUGUUUGUGUGUCAAAGUGACUAAUGAGAACAACUGUUUUUGAAACUGGUCCAGUACUGAGAGAGCACAGCAUGGUCAUGUUCACACCGUCAGUGUAUGUCCACUAAAAGUGCUUUUGUCACUGACAGGCUCAGAUUGUUAUUUUAGUGUCUGACAACAUUGUGGAAAGGAUCCCUACAGAGAUAGAGCUUUGUGUUAAAGAGUAAGAUCCUUUUUGUUUAACCAGAAACAGCAAUGAAAUCACCAAACCGACCAGACUCCAUUUAAAUGAACUAAUUUUAGCAUGUAUAGUGGCAGCAUGUUUUCACAUGUAACUGGGUGAAUUAAGGGUUAAUUUAAGCCAAACAAGAGUUGGUGAUUAAUGGAACAGUGAAAAGAUGGACCAAGGCUGUUUUGUGAGUUCUAUUUAGUUUCUGUCAACUUUGAAUGAAGUGUCUUUUAUGAUGAUAAAAUUCCUCUUUAUUUAAAUGGAGUCUGGUGGGUUUGGUGAUGGUGAUUUUGGGGCUGUUUCUGGUUAAACUAAAAGGAUCUUACUCCUUAACAAAAAGGUCUAUCUCUGUAGGGAUCCUUUCCAUAAUGUUCUCAGACACUUAAAAUCACAAUCUGAUCCUGUCAGUGACAAAAACACUUUCAGAAGAAGUACAUUGACAGUGUGAACAUGACCUAAGUGGUUACAUUGCAGCUUGUUACACAACUUCAGCGCUCACUCUUUAUACUGGACCAGUUUCAUAACUGUUGAUCCCAUCAGUCACAAAAACGUAAGAAAAAAAGAAUCCAGGUUAAAAAAUACAGAAGUUAUCCUUUUGUUAGUGAAGCAGGUUAGAAUUAUAGUCUGAAUCACAGCAUUCCUGAUGGUUUUCUUUAAUUUACUGAUGAAUCAACUGAAAAUUAAUCUGCUACUAUUUGAUAAACAAUUAAUCAUUCAAAUAAAUGUUUUAAAUUUGCUGACUGCAGCUUCUCUGCUAUAAAAAGGAGCUUUUCUUUGUCUUACAUUAGGCUACAUUGAAAAUCAUCAGUAACGUGCCCUCAGAUCAAAACGUGAAAAUGCUGAAAUUUGACAUUUUCCCUUUAAUUGAAGGUUUAAAGUGAGAUUAUGUAACUUUUGCUGACUGACAGCUACUGUAUUGGUCAUGAGUGAUGAUUACAUGUCAAUGAUUCACGGUAAAACACGAUGUAACGGUAACAAAAGUCAAACAGACUCAAUUACGACAUACAUCUGUCUAAUGUUAGCUAACAUUGGCCACAUAAGCUGCUGGUCAUACCAGACUAGGGAUGUCAGUUUUGGUUGAUUUUGCUUUCAACAGCCUGACAUCCAUUAACUGGUAACUAACAGGUUAAUUUAUUAAGAAAAGAAAUGCAAAAUGAUGUGAAAUACAGGAGGCCUUUAUUUUAGCUUGGCGCACCAUUGACUCAGUGAGCGUUAGCGUCGCAUUUCAAACCUUUUCGCACUGGUGAAAUUUUAAUUUUUGUAAUGUAUGUCUUGCCUUUUAUUAUAUUUUCUGUUAGCUUUGCUGACAGACAGCAGGCCAGUCACAUUAACACAUGGAACUAUAGUGCCCACUGCCCACCCUCUGGUCUCCACUGGUUGGCUAACGUUAGCCUCAGUUGCUCUGCAUUAAGCAGCAGCCAUGUUGGGCGGGAGCUAGCUAGUGGAGCUACUUGUUGGGGGAUUAUGGAAACAUGGUGGUCACCCUCUGCUCUCACCCAGGUCACCCCGCUGAGUAAACAGCUUCAUUUUGAGCUGCAAAACAACUUAAGCAUGGCUAACUAUGUUAGAGCCACUUGCUGUGCUGACACUGCUAACGGUGCUAACAGUGAUAGUUAAAAAUUCUGAAGGGGUUUUGCAGCUCAAAACUGAAUUGCUCACUCACUGGGGCGACUUGAGGUGAGACCGGAGGGUGGCCACCAUGUUUCCACAGCAAUAGUGUUGGUUCGGGGCGGUGUUCAUAGCGGUAAUCGCCAACUGCUAGCUAACAUUAGCUCCCACCAGACCUGGGUGGUGUGCAGUGCAGUAAACUGAAGAGUAUUAGAAUUGACCUCUAGACUGACGUUUAACAGGUUGAAAGACUUCUCUGCAGGUUAACUGUUAACUAUUCUAUAACAGACCGUCUGAGGCAGCAUGUGUUUGUGUUGAUGUGUUGGGGUUGUAAGUGUCACCGCUCUUGUAGCUAUGACACUGAUGAAGACAGAUAAAUAAUUUUUAUAUGGUUAAAUGCUCUGCUGAUAUGACUUGUCUUUAAUAUGUAGAGCAGAAUCAAUGAGAUUAAUUAAGAAUAAUAAUUGGGGACAAAUGAUGAAGUUAUUUUAAGCACAGUUGUCAAGAUGUUGCUGGUUCCAGCUUCUGUUUUAGUUUCAAUGUGAAUAUAGGCAGGGUUGUUUUUUCCUGCCAUGGUGGAAUGGUGAAAACAAACAAAAAAACAAACAAACAUUUGAGGACGUCUCUUGGCCGAAAACAAUAGAAAAUUUACACUUCUAGACAUAUUAGUUAAACGAUAAUUAAAAUUAUCAUCCAAGCUGGCACCAGACAUCAGGAAGACGCUGGACAGAUGUAAAAUUUCAAUUAGAAUGAAAACUGGGUCGAGGAUAUUUUGAGUGUCUAACAGCGUUAGAAUUUCAUGUUGUGUGGAUAUUAGCAUGAUGUUUUACAGACAUUUGGGGUUUUGUUCUCAUACAUUAUAACUAAAUGUUGUUACUCUAUGUAUAGAUGAUGUUGGCAUGAGGUGCUUAGAAGACAUUGGGUCAUGGUUACCAAACAACACAACUUAAAACCAACAAAAUAUUAAUGUCAUCUGUCGCCAGUAUUCCACAUCACAUUAACAUUAGAUGUUUUGAAGUUGAAUUUUGGUCACCUGAUGUCACAACCUAAAUUCAAAUCAUCAUCAUCAUCAUCUAAUGAUGUUGGUGACCAGCUGGAAUUGCAGCCAUAUAAUAAUAUAGUUCCUUCAUUUUAUCUUAAAUUAAAACUAAGUUUUAAGGCCUUAAUUAUUUGAGUUUAUUUUGUGCUAAUAUGGUGCAUUUCAGUAAAUACAUAUUUGUUUAAUAAAUACACAGUGUACAGAGGGUGGGUGUGAUCGGGGGGGGGGGCCUUUGGGGGCCCAUGGCACAUUGUUGCCCCGGGGCCCCUGCAGUGGUUUAAUCCGGCCCUGCUGUAUAUAAUGUUGUGCAUUUGAAUUCUGCUGCUCUACUUGUACAUUUCCAGACCGUCUAACAUCAAAAUGAAGCUGUUAAUAAGAUUUUAAUUACUUGAAGCAUUUCAUGGGAACACUGUAAAAACUGCACUAGACACGUUCUCCUUUAGAAUACCACUAAACCAGAUGUUGUAUAUUUGAGUCAGAUGUACUAUAAAGAUGUAAUUAUGUAUUUUAGAAAUCUGGGAUGUUUUAUUGAUCCUGGGCGUGAAGUUAACCAGUUCAUAUGUUGCUGGUGUCUGAUGUUAAUUUCCUGCCCUGAUGUUUGAAUUUAACUUUCCCUUGACGUGUUUGUCUGCACCACUCGUGUCGGGAUAUCAAGGGACUGACUGUAUGUUUUAAUGUAUCUCAUGUUUUGUAUGUUGAUGUAUAAAACCCUCAUAGAGGUCAAACCCAGGGGCUGAUGUCACGUCCUUACCUGUCUGUCUACCACUGACUUCAGAUCUGUACAGAGAGCACAUGUGAGACUCUUUUGACAAAGGAAUAAAGUGUUAUUUGCAUCACA